AUGGAAAAGAAGGAGGAGUACAUCAGAAAACAGACGAACACAAAAUCGUCGCCCUGCAAUGACUUCUUUGAGUAUGCCGCUGGCAAUUCGGAUAUUGAUGAGGUUAAAGACAUGUUGAAUGUAGAAUUAGAUGCAGUAGUUGGAGAAGCGGAAGUUCAUAAGGUACGAUGUGUGUCUCUGAGUCCAAAUCUGGCAGUAGUCAGCUUUCAAGUCAAAUCUUAAAAUUCCCUUGCAACUAAUGUGCUUUUACUUGCAGUUCAUGUUUCUGCACGGCAUCUACAAAUACUACGUGAAAUGCGUGGGUAAAUCAAUGCCGGAAGAAGAGCUGACGCUCCAAGAACGAGUCCAAUUCGCCAAUGAGCGCUUCAAGGACGUUCAAUUUCCUCUUCAGCCGCAGGACGACUGGCUGACUCACGAUGACAAGUAUGAUCCGCUGCUGAAUCGGUUGUAUCGCGCGCUCUUGGAGCGAGGUGCCUCCUUCUUGACCGGUAUACCAGCUGCUGCGGCGCGUCAAGUUAUCUACCUUCCUUCAAGUUUGCCGCUUUCGGAGAACGAAACGAAAUCGGUGUGGUAAGUUGACGAUGCUAAAUAGUUGGCUAUGUGCGUACUCUAAUGGAGCAGAAAGGUGUUUUUUGAACCAAAAUUAUGUCAGCGUAAUCAGGCAAUUUCGCGGCGGGACUAUCGCGCAAUAGAUGUGCUCUCAUUUUUUUUGUAACGUUGGUUUAUGGGUUCAAAAAAUACUUUUUCUGGCCCUUAAAAAAUGUUUUUAGGGAUGAGUAUUGCGCUGUUACGAAGUGCUCUUCUCGUGACGUUCAUCGCGGCAAUUACGCGUAUACGUACGAGAGAAUGAGCCCGGACAAAACAGCCGACUUUCUCCGUGUCUUUCUAGGAUACGAAAUCGAAAUCCGCCACGUCUAUCGGCUAGAGUGCAGCGAAUGUAGCGCAGAUACAAGGGUGAUAAUUGCCACUUCCAAACAUGCCAUAACUUCUAAUUUUUAGAAGGCUGCGAGAGCCGGGAUGGUGAACCAACUCUUCGAAGCCUUGAUGUCUAAAAACAACUACUAUCCGACGUCCUGCGUUUCCUCUAUGAGCGACAUGUUCCCCGUUUAUUUCCACAAACUGGCGCUGGACAGGGCGCGGCGGAACACGACCUACUUCAACAAAAUGAAGGAGGACUUCUUCACGAUUUACACGCUAGUCAUUAACGAAGCCAGAGAAGCCAUCAACGGGAAGAGAGUCAUAAAAGAUCCUUCAUUGCGCGGCCUUUACAAUCAGCUCUUGGACAGUGCCCGCCUAAUGUUCUACGAGUAUCCCGCAUUCGAAGACGAGAAUUUCGAAAAAUAUUUCGGGAAUCUCUCCACCAAGACGCCAUACAGAUCGCGGUUCCUCAACAACUUCAUCGGGUUGGUCCGAUUUGCCAACGAAACGAAUAACCCGCUGCCCAAUCUGCCGGCGGUCAACAAAGUAUGCCUUUUCGGAUUGGUCAAAAAAUAUGUCUUUUCAGGUUGCCCAAUAUCUCGGGAACGAGUAUGCCGUCGCACCCGAUUGGCAAUUAUCCAAGCUCCCAUUUUACAGUCCCGACUGGACACCGCCCAUUAAAUUUUCGUGGGCCGGCAACAUCAUUGCGCACGAAGUGGGCCACAGUUUUUGUAAGGAAGCUUUAUUAUUGCAGUGGAAUCUCUGUAAAACAAAUUCUCAUAUAACGAAAGCCAUCUAUGACAAAGUUUUUUGGAUGUCCAAAGAGAAAGCUAGACAAAAUUUAUAACGAAAUGCAUCUAUAACAUAUGUUUUUGAUGAUUUUUUACACAGAGGUUUGACUGUAAUGCCAUAUUAAGUCGGCGCCUUCACAUGGACACAAUUGCGACCCGGUAUAAAAGAGCUGAAGCAAUGCAUAAUCGACCUAUACAGCAACCAAUGUUCGCCAAAGCGCCCAGAAGAGUGUGUUGACCCCGAGGUUACGUUGUCCGAAACUAUCCCCGAUCUUCUGGGCAAGUACUGUAAAACGUUUGAUUUCUCGGCCUAGCCAGGUUUCUUAUCUCAUCUGUUAAACGUUCCUCUUACAGGUAUCCAAUGGGCGUACGCGGCUUACAAACGCUACAUGCUGUACAAACCGGUUGAAUAUUUUAUCAAGGACCGUCUGUUGAGACUGCUCGGCGACGACCAGAUCUUCUUUAUAAACCUGGCUCAAAGUUUUGCGAUUACGGCCGGUUGGGAGUCGUUCCAGCGGACCAAGGUCCAUCCGCCGGGCGAAGUCCGAGUCCGCGGAAUGAUGGCGAAUUUCCCGGCGUUUGCGAAUGCCUUCGCCUGCCCAGUGGGUUCCAAGUACAACCCGGAGAAGAAGUGCAACACCUUCUUGGGCACAGUGUUUGGCGAUCCAAAUAUAUACGCCAAAUACACAACAAUUGCGCAGGGAACGUGA